CCUACUGUAAAUCGUCUGGCUCUUACCCUCCUUCUCAUGAACCAAAUCCCUGCCAGACAAAUGCUCUGGCUGCAUUGGCUUCUCUCCCCCUCUCUCUUGACAGCCAAUUCCCACCAGUUACGGAGGAGCCUGCCUGCAGAGGGUAAUCCCGUGGGCUCAAGGCACAGCCCCUCUUUAGCUUCCAAUCAGACUCAACUGGGGGAGGAGCGCCAUGGAGUGGGGGAGGGGUGCCUCUGUCGGUCUGCGGCAGUCCUAUGGACACUUCUCUCCUGUUUUCAGCCCCGCGGCAGUCUCCCGUCUAUAAAACUGAAGGCUAAAGAACAGGCACCAAGCGUCCUGUGCUCCAUUCACAGACAUCUCUAGCCUUCCCUGAGGAGCCAUCAAACCCUCAGGAAGAUCUGCUGUCACUAGGAGAAACUGAGGCAGAAGGGGCCAGGCUGAUGUCUUAAACCCGGUUUGUGGACACUCAGCCUCUUAAUCACUGUUCCAGAUACUGCUUCCCUACCAUGGCUCUUGGCUGGGUACAACCCACUUCUGUAGUGUAAGGCUGGGGGCGGGGUUUGGCUAGGCAGGUCCAGGAUGCGAGAUCCUGGAAGAAAGAAAAGGUGUACUGUUUGGGGCCAUCGACGAGCUAGGCUGGCUUGGCAGGGCUGGGCUCUUCGAAACAGCAGAACCAUGGAUUUCAGUACCCCUGACCUGCUGGACAUGUGUCUGGAACUUCCAGAAGAUGUCUUCUCAACAGGAUCUUUCCUGGAGCUGGGACUCCAUGGUCCACCUUCAGAGGUUCCAGUGACUAGGCUACAGGAACAGGGGCUGCAAAGCUGGGAGUGCAGUGGGGGCCACGGCUGUGGUCUUCAAGAGAGUGAGCCUGAAGAUUUCCUGAAACUUUUCAUUGACCCCAAUCAAGUUUACUGCUCAGAAGCAUCUCCCGGCAGUGACAGUGGAAUCUCUGAGGAUCCCGGCCAUCCAGACAGUCCCCCUGCCCCCAAGCCACCCAGUUCCCCUGCCCUCUAUGAGGUUGUCUAUGAGGCAGGGACCCUGGAGAGGAUGCAGGGGGAAGCCGGGCCAGCUGUAGGCCUCAUCUCCAUCCAACUAGGUCAGUGUUCUUUGUGGGAAGGGGACAUUGGCCCUCUAGGUCCAGUCCUAACCCUGCAGUUAAGGGGGUUUCCCCAACCUAUGCCACUGCCCAGAGCCUGUGGCCAUCCACAUCCUUUCUCCCAGCCACUUACGUCUCCCUCAGAUCAGUGGAGCCCACCAUUUGCGGUGCCUGAUGCCUGCGUGGUCAGUGAGCUGCCUCCUGAUGCUCACAUCCUGCCCACGGCAGCUACUGUAAACUCAGUGCCUCCUGCAGCCCUGCUGCCCUGUCAAACUUUGUUCCUGACAGAAGAGGAGAAGCGGCUGCUAGGACAGGAAGGGGUUUCCCUACCCUCUCACCUGCCCCUCACCAAGGCAGAGGAGAGGGUUCUCAAGAAGGUCAGAAGGAAAAUCCGUAACAAGCAGUCAGCUCAGGAUAGCCGGCGGCGGAAAAAGGAGUACAUUGAUGGCCUAGAGAGCAGGUAUGUUUGGAUUCACGUUUCUUUGCUUCAAGCCUGGGCCCCUGUCCUUACCAAGGCUGGUGAGGUCAGGGAUGCACAUGAUUACCAAACCUCAUCCGACCUUCUCACCCUCCCUAGGGUGGCUGCCUGUGCUGCACAGAACCAGGAACUACAGAGAAAAGUCCAGGAGCUAGAGAGGCACAACAUCUCCCUGGUGACUCAGCUCCGCCAGCUGCAGAUGCUUAUCGUUCAAACCUCCAACAAAGCUGCCCAGACUAGCACUUGUGUUCUGAUCCUUCUUUUCUCCUUGGCUCUCAUCAUCUUGCCCAGCUUCAGCCCCUUUCAGGGCCUGCCAGAAGCCGGGCCUGAGGAUUACCAGCCUCAUGGAGUGAUUUCCAGGAACAUUCUGACUCACAGGGACAUGACAGAGAAUCCUGAAAACGCAGUGGUAGAGUCCAGACUGGAGGGGCCACCUGGGGCCAGGGGUGCAAACAGCUCAACCAGGACACUGCUCCAGAAGGUGGGAGGGAGGGCAGGCCCCAGCAGGCACAUCAGAACCGUGUUACAUGCAGAUGAAAUGUAAGCUGUAACACCUCCUGGCUCACUUCCCAAUCACAAUAACGAAUCCAGGGCUCUGCUACUGUUAUGCUUCCUCCUGGGGUUCCCACUCAGGGCUCUUUGGCCUCAGGGUUCUGAAUCCCAUAAAGAUGCCCUUGAUGUCUGUACCCCAUGGCUUAGUUGGCCUAUAUCAGGGGGAAGCUCAAAUACUUUCAUUAUGUAUUUGUGAUUUUAUUUCUUCAAGGACAGGGUUAAAGGGAAACUGAUGUUUUGGCUAAGAAAUAAACUUUUUUUUGGUAAAACUA